GACGUGUCAAGCUGGCGACAGCAGUGAUGAGUUCGUCCGGUUUGAAGGAGUCGCCGCUGGCGCUGCCACCGAAGGCCGCCCCCGCGGCAAACGAGAAGGAUGUCUUGACCAACUUUUUCCUCGCCGCGACCGCGGCGUCCUUGGCAUCGGUGAUUACCAACCCGCUGGAAGUCGUCAAAACCCGCAUGCAACUGCAAAAUGAACUCGUGGAUUCUUCCGGCCGCGCCGUCACACGCGUGUACAAGAAUCCGUUCCAGUCACUCGCUCUGAUUGCUCGCACGGAAGGCAUCCGCGGGCUUCAGAGUGGGCUCAACAUGACCAUCAUGUACCAAUUUAUGAUUGCGGGUACGCGCUUUGGUUUGUACGAGCCGGCGAAGCGCGCCUUGGGCGUCGAAAAGGGUCAGCCUGGCUACCUGAUCAAGAACUACUUGGCUGGGAUGGCUUCUGGAGCGGUCUCGUCCUUUACAGGCAACCCGUUUUACCUUGUGCGAGCUCGUCUUCAAGCGUCCAACAGCGGCGCUGUCACUCGUGGCCGCCAUGUGUACACGUCUGCCUUCCAGGGCUUCAAAGCAGUGUAUCAAUCGGACGGGUUGAGUGGGUUCUUCCGCGGCAUUGGCGGCGCCAUCCCCCGCGUGAGCUUUGGGUCUGCCACGCAGCUGAGCAGCUACGAGUUUUUCAAGGACAUGCUGCUGGCGCGACCUUACUUGGGCUACCAGUUCCAAGACAAGACGGUGUAUUUGCACUUAGGGGCGUCGGUGCUGGCCGGGUUUUUCUGCGUCACCGCCAUGAACCCGUUCGACGUAAUCAGUGUGCGCCUGUACAACCAGCCGCUGGACCCGCAGACCGGGAAAGGAUUGCUGUACACCGGACCGAUCGACUGCGCGAGGAAGACGUUGAUGACGGAAGGCAUUCGCGGUGCUUUCAAGGGCUGGACCGUCCAGUACAUUCGGUUGGGGCCCCAUACUGUGUUUACCUUUUUGUUUUGGGAGCAGCUCAAGCUCGCAUACGACCGCGUGAUGCACCCCCACGAGUGAAUUUACCAAAUAAACUGUCGUGAGUGACGUGACCGACUGAGUCGAGCGCACACGUCGCAGAAAUCACAGCCUUGGCCACGGUUUCCCCCUCUUGUGCG